CAUAAACUAUCAUGUUAUAAUCCAAUUUUUCUUCAAUACAUUAUUUAAUUGAACGCUCUACUAUUUAACUAGUGGAAGAAAAAACUUGCGAUUGGAAGAAAGUUCGGCUUCAAUUAUCCUAAGACUAAGGCGAAAAUAUUUUUUUUUAUUUUUUCUGGCAACUAAAUGGGUGAAAGAUGAGUAUUUCUCAAUCACAAACAAUAUUAGAGAAACUGGUAUAACUGAGCCAUUCAAGGUUAUCACAAUAUGUUUAUUGUUCUCUGAUUUGUACUACCUUAUAGUGCACCUCGCUUUGGGCAAAUAAUAAAUCCGUAUAUUUAUAAAACCGGUUAGUAAAUAUGAUGAAUAAUACAACACGUGAAAGUGACCCUCUGCUGAGUUCCAAAAAGAAGACAAACUUUCGCAUCGACCAAAACGAUUCACCUAUUGCGGAGGACUGCAAACCCAACGAAUCUUAUCUUCAGCGACAAGCGAGUAUUAUAUCCGAUCCGGAUGUUCUUUGUGGGAGAACUUUUCGAGCCGGUCUCAUGAUUAUCGUCUUCAGCAUACACUGGUUGGUAUCCGCAUUAAUCUGCGUAACUGGGUUGUGUUUAGUAGUAUACCCACCCGGACACAGCUAUGCCUGUCAUGUAUACUUUGCGAUAGUCUAUCUUCGAAUGACUUUUUGGGUUGCAACGUAUGUUCUGCAUGAAUCAAUCAAACCAUCAUGUCGACUGUUAAUCAACCAGAAUUAUAACCUAUACCAGGAUAUGACAUGCUACAGAAAGGCACCACUCCAGAUUGUGUCAUUUUGGAAUAUUAUAUUGCUCGCAAUCCAAGCCAAUAUUCAGACAUUGUUUGCCGUAAGCGACAGUGCAUCGAAUAUCUGCGAUGGGGUUCCGAACAUUACAGAACUCAGUGCCAGCUGGAAUAUUUCCCCCCAACUUUUUAUUUCCAUCUUCUGCUGCUUGGAAACAAUAGCACUUGCUUGCUUUUACAUACCGGCGAUUAAACGAUUGACAAAAUCAUUGCGUCAGCAAUCCGAAGAAGACUCACCGGAUCGAACUCUGUCGAAUCAGGAUGAUAUUUCGAUCAACCAGAGAUUGAAACGCCAAGCGGAACAGGUCAAAAUACUGCGAGUGGCCAACGUGGCCCUUAAAAAGGAAGCUAUCGCUUUGGGCGCGUUAGAUGCAGAUGAGUAGUGUUCAAUUUAUAAGCCUGUCAAAUAGGAUGAGUCAAGUAAUUCUCAACUCGUUACGUACAAUAAUGUAGAUACAGGAUCCUAUAUAAACGGAAUGUUUUGUUUUUUUUUGUUUCCUUCUGUUAUGUAACUGUAAACAUAUCUCGUGAAAAUGCAAUUUUUCAAUAAAAUUCAAUACUACAAUGAUAA